UUUGUUUAGGUACAUUUUCGUUUGCGCGCGAUUGUAAAUAUACACGGGUACACUUUUAUAUAUACCCGCCACAACACACUUUCAAGAAUGCCAGGACAACCUUCCUCUCAAUCGCGAAGGCAGCUUGCCAAUCGUUGUGCAAGACAUAGUUCAUGUGUUUACAAAUUCAUCCAUUAAGUGGGCGUUGCUGAAAUAUCAAGAUUGUCUUCAACUGUCAGGUGAUUAUUACAACUAAACAUCCACUUGGACAACAGAAAAUCCAUCUUUGAUACAUUGUUUACGAAACUGCCGUAACCCUGAUCCACGAAGCGACCAGUUGUUUCUGUGUUGAAGGCGAUGGCGGAGGGUGGCGCCUCGCCCACGUUUAAAGACGAGUGCUUUAGCAGCAACUUGGAGGAGCAGAAUGAUGAGGUGCUUGCUCUCCAGGCUAUCUAUGAAGGCGGGGAGUUUGAAAGACUUAAAGUUUUAAGUUCACCAUCUGAAGAAAGUGAAGGUCUCUAUACCCUACAUGUUUCAAUUCCCAUCACUACAGAUGGACAGAACAUCAAAGUAGACAUUCUUAUGCCUGUCAUGCUCAAGGAAACAGCCAGUGCAGGACAAGCUUCCCUCCUGAAGUGGGCAAAUGUGUGUCAAAGAUGGGCUGGAUCUUUCAAUGUGAAGUACCUAUCCCCCCUUACUCUGCAAGUGGUACUUCCUGCUUCUUACCCUUCCCAGAGUUCCCCACUGUUCACUCUGUCAUGCGUGUGGUUGACAGACAAUCAGCUUGCAGCUCUGUGUGUUCAGCUGGAUGUGUUGUGGCAGGAGUCUGAGAACCUCCCUGUCAUCUUCACCUGGGUUGACUGGCUGGAAAAUAACAUCUUCAGAUUCAAUCAAGUUCAGACAGACAUAGAAUUUUACCGUUCCAACCAUGAGUGCCAUGUUUGUUAUGAAGAACUACCAGAUCAGUUUUACCGAAUGAAGGACUGUGAGCAUCACUACUGCCGUGACUGCAUGACAGCUUACUGUGAACAUCACGUCACCUUGGGAACUGUAGAAAAUCUCAGGUGUCCUGACACAGACUGUGAUUCUUUUGUUCCUCCCCACAUCAUACAGAGUGUCCUACCUGUUGAAGAGUUUGAUAGAUGGGAGAGACUGCUUCUACAGAAAACUUUGGAGAGGAUGAGUGAUGUGGAGUGGUGCCCCAGAUGCAACAACCCUGUGAUUCGGGAAGAGGAGGACCAUUUGAAUCUGGGUCACUGCACGACCUGUUUCUUUUCCUUCUGUACUCUGUGCAGGGACCCCUGGCAUCAGGGAGAACCAUGUCAAAGUGCAGAAGACAAGCUAAAUGCAGUUGAAAGAAAGGGCCCCAGUGCUAAUGAAGCUGAUCGUCAGAGACUGGAGGCAAUCAAAAAGAAACUGGCGGAAGAGCUGAAAACGAAAUUAGAGAUGGUAAAAAAAUCAAGACAAUGUCCAUCUUGCAAAGUACCCAUUGAAAAGAUUGCCGGGUGUAACAAGAUGACAUGCCGCUGUGGGAAGUCCUUCUGCUGGCUGUGUGGGAAAUUGAUAUCAGGAUACGACCACUUCUACAGUGGCUCAUGUGGACUGUCUGACACACAGAUGAGAGUCGUAACACCAGUAAAGCAAUUACCAGACGCUGUCUUGCUGAUAGAGGCAACAUUGCAAGUAAAUCCUGAUGCCCGGAAACUUGUCUGUGCUUGUCCAACUUGUGGUCAAAGGAAUUUGAAAAACCAGAGAAAUAAUCACAUUAAGUGUUGGGGUUGCAAAUCAAAUUUCUGCUUCCUGUGCAAAACAAGAAUUGUGGGAACAGUAACAUCACACUUUACCUCCGGUCUGUGUGAGCAACACUCUUAACAGAAACUCCUCUCCCAAGUGGAGUGAGUGAGUGAGAGAUUGUGUCCAUGGCAACUUAAUUUUGGAAUCAAGUUCAAAGUGAUAGGAUCAAGGACAUUCACAAAUACAUAUAAAUGUUUUAAGUGGAUAGGUUUAGUCUGGAAAUAUUUAUUGUACAUUUUUAACUGUAUAUUCCGAAUAUAUUUAUAACUGAGAACUGUGAUAAUAAAUAUUAAUUACUGGUACAUGUUGAUAUAUGUUUACGCCAUGUUGAAAUAAAUACAUAUUCAGUAUGUAAUGAAAUUAAUGCGAAAAUCUGAAUGCUUCUUGCACCUGUUGUUUUUAUCUGGACAUGCUGAAGAAUUUUGUCACAUCACCUACUUGGGAGAUAGUUAACAGCACUUUUCACAAUAAACAUUGUGCAUCUCACUGGUUACCAUGUAAAAUCCAGUCAUGAUUAGUUUACACAAGGGGCGGUGGGGUGGCCCUGUGGUUAAAGCACCCACUUGUCAUGCCGAAGAUCUGGGUUCGAUUCCCCACAUGGGUACAAUAUGUGAAGCCCAUUUCUGGUGUCCCCCGCCGUGAUAUUGCUGGAAUAUUGCUAAAAGCGGUGUAAAACCAUAUCCACUCACUAGUUUACAUAAACUCAUCAAGGAGUUAUGUCAGCUGCCGACCAUUGUUCUUGAAAUACUGUUCAUUAUAAAAGCAGAACACUAAUUAUCCGUGUAGUGUAUGUCUUUGUGAUGCUUAAUGAAUAUGUAACAUUCAUUAUUUACAUACUAAACAUGCUAAAGAGCAUGGCAUAGAUUUGUUUAGUGGAAAAUACCCAAACAUCAAAAGUGUUAUAUUAAUAGUGAAUAUGAAUAGAUUGUUUAAUGGUAUUCAGUUAAAAACAAGAUUUUGUUGAUAACAGCUGAGAAACAAAAUAAGAUUGUUCUCUAAAACAAGAAUUUAUGUAAGACAUAAAUUCUUUAACUCAUUUUACUCUACCAAUGUGUACAAUUACAAUUCUUCAUCUUGAGAAAAUUUGUCCCCAUUAAGAACAGAACAGAUGGAUUGAAAGACAGACAGACAACUGUUCAAAUAUCUCAUGUCCCACUUUGUGGCUUGUGAUAUAAAGCAGUAUGGGAAGUUACUGUUGAUAUACUAUACACUGUGUUCACACUUGUACUUUCAACUUUAUAUUGAAAUCAAUUCUCAUAUGUUCAAUAAAUUGUUAUGUUACCAUGGUUA